CCGUUUUGUGUGUUGGGGGGAUGGGGCCGUGCCGAGGAUGAGAGACUCCAAAUAUUUACCACUCGGCUAACUAAAUAUCUUUAUUUCCGAACUGGUCUUCUUUCUUUUGCUCUUGGAUAUAGACGUACUUUUCGAUCACGCAUGAGUUUAGGUGGAAUUUCGCAGAAAUAAAGUGGAGUAUCUGUACGUCCACGACACACGCUUAAAAAGUCGACAAAAUGUAUUCCUCUGCUGGAGCUGCUGAGAUGCCUGAGGGACCCCGUUCCUCUGGGUCAAUAAGCUCUGACCCCCCAUCGUCCCCAGUGCCAGAAUAUGUGUUCAAGCCACCGUCACGGCCUGACUUCGGCACCAUGGGCAGGACAAUCAAGCUCCAGGCCAACUUCUUUGAAAUGGAAAUCCCCCAGUUGGAGGUCUACCAUUACGACAUUGAUAUCAAGCCUGAGAAAUGCCCCAGGAGGGUCAAUCGUGAAAUCGUGGAGCACAUGGUCCAGCACUUUAAAACACAGAUCUUCGGUGAUCGAAAGCCGGUGUAUGACGGAAGGAAGAACCUCUACACUGCCAUGCCUUUGCCCAUAGGCAGAGACAAAGUUGAGCUCGAGGUGACAAUUCCUGGUGAAGGCAAAGACCGCAGCUUCAAAGUAUCCAUCAAGUGGGUGUCCUGCGUUAGCCUGCAAGCUCUACACGAGGCACUGUCAGGACGGCUACCCAGCGUCCCCUUUGAGACUAUUCAAGCCUUGGAUGUGGUCAUGAGACAUUUGCCUUCUAUGAGGUAUACUCCAGUGGGACGCUCUUUCUUCACUCCUUCAGAGGGAUGCCCGAACCCCCUCGGUGGUGGCAGGGAGGUGUGGUUUGGUUUCCACCAGUCCGUCAGGCCUUCCCUCUGGAAAAUGAUGCUCAACAUAGAUGUUUCGGCCACUGCGUUCUACAAAGCCCAGCCUGUGAUUGAGUUCAUGUGUGAGGUCUUGGAUUUCAAAAGCAUUGAAGAACAACAGAAGCCUUUAACUGACUCUCAGCGAGUGAAAUUUACAAAAGAAAUCAAAGGCCUAAAGGUGGAGAUCACUCACUGUGGGCAGAUGAAAAGGAAAUACAGAGUGUGUAAUGUGACCAGAAGACCAGCAAGCCACCAAACGUUCCCCCUGCAGCAGGAGAAUGGCCAAACUAUUGAAUGCACAGUAGCACAGUACUUCAAAGACAAGUACAAGCUCAUCCUGCGAUACCCACACCUCCCGUGUUUACAGGUGGGACAGGAGCAGAAGCACACCUACCUACCUCUAGAGGUGUGUAACAUAGUGGCUGGACAGCGGUGCAUCAAAAAGCUGACAGACAAUCAGACCUCCACCAUGAUCCGUGCCACAGCCCGAUCAGCACCAGACCGUCAGGAUGAAAUUAGUAAACUGAUGAGAAGUGCCAACUUCAACUCCGACCCUUACGUUCGUGAAUUUGGGGUGAUUGUGAGGGAUGAGAUGACAGAAGUGAAUGGCCGCGUUCUGCAAGCACCUUCGAUACUGUAUGGAGGACGGAACAAAGCAAUAGCCACACCGAUCCAGGGGGUGUGGGACAUGAGGAACAAGCAGUUCCACACUGGCAUUGAGAUUAAAGUGUGGGCCAUCGCCUGCUUUGCGCCACAGAGACAGUGCACCGAACUCCUGCUCAAAGCUUUCACAGAUCAGCUGAGGAAGAUCUCCCGAGACGCAGGGAUGCCCAUCCAGGGUCAGCCUUGCUUCUGUAAGUACGCCCAGGGAGCUGACAGCGUGGAGCCCAUGUUCAGGCACCUCAAGUACACCUACCAGGGCCUCCAGCUGGUGGUGGUCAUCCUACCGGGGAAGACGCCGGUCUACGCUGAGGUGAAACGUGUCGGGGACACGGUGCUUGGCAUGGCCACGCAGUGUGUGCAGGUGAAGAAUGUUCAGAAGACGACACCCCAGACUCUCUCCAACCUCUGUCUGAAGAUUAACGUCAAGCUGGGCGGAGUCAACAACAUCCUCCUCCCACAGGGCAGACCUCUGGUGUUUCAGCAGCCGGUGAUUUUCCUUGGUGCUGAUGUCACUCAUCCACCUGCAGGAGAUGGAAAGAAGCCUUCCAUCGCUGCUGUGGUGGGUAGUAUGGAUGCCCAUCCCAGUCGAUACUGCGCCACCGUACGGGUGCAGCAGCACCGUCAGGAGAUCAUCCAGGACCUGGCCACCAUGGUGAGGGAGCUCCUCAUCCAGUUCUAUAAGUCCACCCGCUUCAAGCCAACGAGAAUCAUCUACUAUCGAGAUGGAAUCUCUGAGGGCCAGUUCAACCAGGUCCUUCAGCACGAGCUGCUGGCGAUCCGUGAAGCUUGCAUCAAGCUAGAGAAGGACUACCAGCCCGGUAUUACCUUUGUGGUCGUACAGAAGAGACACCACACCAGACUGUUCUGCACGGACAGAAACGAGAGGGUUGGGAAGAGUGGCAACAUCCCCGCAGGCACCACAGUGGACACCAAAAUUACUCACCCAUCAGAGUUUGACUUCUACCUUUGCAGUCAUGCUGGCAUUCAGGGAACCAGCAGGCCGUCUCACUACCACGUGCUCUGGGACGACAACCACUUCUCAUCAGACGAACUGCAAGUCCUUACCUACCAGCUCUGUCACACCUACGUGCGCUGCACCCGGUCGGUUUCCAUCCCAGCACCAGCCUACUACGCCCAUUUGGUGGCUUUCCGGGCUCGUUAUCACUUGGUGGACAAAGAGCACGACAGUGCCGAGGGCAGUCACACGUCAGGUCAAAGCAACGGGCGCGACCAGCAGGCCUUGGCCAAGGCCGUUCAGAUCCACCAAGACACCCUGCGCACCAUGUACUUUGCCUGAGAGCACACAACCCCCAGGUCGGCAUGGGUGAGACCCACUGAUGGAACACACUACCCCUCGCUGCAUCUCAGCAUCACAGUGGUUUCACAUUGUGAUCUCCCAACCCAAAAACCUGUCAAUUACUCACACGUCUCCCCCGUAGCCCCCUAAACCCACCAAAACCGAGCCAGCGAUUAGACCGUAGGACGCGAAAGAAAUGGCUCUUUCGCGAGGGCCGAGCUGGAAGAGGAUUAAUUUACACGUUGUUCGCUAGUGUGUACCUGUAUUUGUUGUAGCAAAUUAAGUUGCAGAGUAUGAGAGGAAUUUGUAAAGUUUUUACACUGAUAGAAGACAAACUAUCAUUUCUAACCUAGUGGGCCGUAACAUUACACAGUGCGGUGGUUUAUGAUUUAGAAGAUGCCCCUCCUCCUCCUCCUCCUCCUCCUCCUCCUCCUCCUCAUCCUCCUCCUCGUCCUCCUGUUUUUGUUUGUUAGGGUCUUGGUGCUUGAACGGAGAAGGAAAACUCAAAAGAUGAGGGGGUUCAUUCACUGUUUAUUUGCCCGAUGAUUUAGUCCUCUGACAAACGUUAUUUAUCAGCCAAUCGAAGCAAAGUGCACUGACCAGAAUGGGUACUUCAAUCAGGACAAAAGUACUUAAUAUAUUGAGGGGGUGUGUGUGAUUGUUUUGUUUUUUUUUUUUGUUUGUUUGUUUUUUUUUUUUUUCACAUAGGGCACUAUGUGAUGAAAAGUGCCAUUUGAGACCAUCUCUCUGUUGUCACUUCUGCUAUGAACUAUGAACUCGUUGGCCCACGUGCGCUGGCUUUUCAGUAUUUCUCCGUAUCGACACCAACGACCGUUUUUUACGCCAAAUCUGGUGACGACUAAAAGGAUUCCUUUGCAUCAGAUUUGAACCUACACUUAUUGUUUAUUCUAGACGCGAGCUUUUAGUUUUUAGUGAAGAGACUGAAACAACAGCAAUUUUAAUCCUUUCUCCGCUCCCACUCGUUAGUAUGAAUUAGUACGUUUGCACCAGUAAUUCCCAUGUUGAGAAAUAGUGUAUACUGGGACUGGCUCCCAACAAGGACACCUUUCUGAUGUAUUCUGAGCCGUGUUGAUGGAAGACACAUGAUGUAGAAAUCAACAUAUAGGGGAACACGAUGAAAUCUUUUUUGCUUUGGUUUUUAUAGUUUUUUUUUUUUAUUAUUAUUAUUUUAAUUUCAGUUAUUUUUGCAAUAAAUAUGCAUGUAGCUGACUCAUGUUUUAGACAUUUAGGCAUUUGUGAUAAUUGUUUCUUUCUUCCUUUAUACACACCGACCCUACUUGUAUUUUUUAAUGUGUACAUAGCAGCAGGAUAGUGUUUUCUGCAGUGUUGUCGUCGGGGCAGGACUUUCGUGUGGCUUCUCCAUAUCCAGGCGUUCGGUACAGCGGAGCGAAAGCUGCAACGUUUUUAAAUUUUAACCGCUCGAAAUUCCCUAAAAAAGAACCUCUCCGACGUAGUGUUUGCUCCGAGAACCAGGGGGGGGCGGUCGUCGCACAAAAGCUUUGGUUUUAUGCAAAUGACUUUUUGUGAGUCUUUAUACUAUAUAGUAACGUUGGUAAUAAGGUAUAUUUUGAAUAAGCUUUCUGUGGAGGCUGCUGAAAAAUUACAGAUUUUUUUUUUUUUUUAAAAACAAAAACAAACAAAAAAAAAACGACUGGCCCAAAUGUAGUCUAAAUUCACACUGUCUAUUUGUAUACAGAUUUUAAAAUGCAAAUAUUCUCUUGCCUUCUGAGACUGUUAGUCUUGAUAAUAACGUUAUUACAUUGAAACAUCCCACCUGAGUUUUACUACCAAGUCAAGCUGGCGAAUGUUCACGUAGUCUUGAUUGGAGGCGAGUAGUCUAUUCUCUAACUAUGCAUCGUUUUUAACCGAGAGAUUUAGCAGUGGGGGAGUCUCACACGAAUUUGGGUCAUUUCUAGAGGUAGAUAAUCAGGGCUUUUUGUGUUGUUGUUGUUUUUUUUUAGCAUAUUGCAUUUAGUAGCGUUUCCUAGUGCUUAUCAGCGUCUUCAUGCCUUUCUAACGGGGGUGAAGUAUUUAUGUGGUCAUUUGUAACAUUGUAGAUUUUAUAGCCUAAAAAUUAUUGGGUGUAUCCUUUUUAACACACGAUCUUUUCCUAGCCAAACAAGAUUACAAACUUUUACACGAUUAAUACUCAAAAGAUAUGGAAGCACAAAAGAUCAUCAUCUUGAUUCUAGGUGCUAGAAGUUUUCACUGUAAACGACGUUAAAUCCUCACUGGACUGGUUUUUUAGUCGUACGCUAAAAAGAUGCUUCAUCGUCUCGAGGAUCUUUUCUCUCCCUUUCGGUGACCUCUCGGUGAUUCCCUUUUUACCCGUAAAGCAACUAGAAAUCCGACUGACUGUGUUUGUGGGGCAUUCUGAAAAAUCAUGUACUUGAUAUUUACUGUUAUGAUGUCAAUAUUGUUCUUAUGGGUGCUGGUCUCACAACAUGUAAAUUUGGAUGCACUUUUGAUAGCAGAACAUUGGUAUGACUUAUCUAGAUGUGUGUUCCUCAAUCGAAAGCAGGAGGCUCGGCCAUAUUGCGUGACACUGGUGUAAUUGUGCGGAAAUGGCCGUGUGUUCUACCUCCUGUUACCUGUUAAAGUGUUAUGGUAACACCACACUGCUGGCCAUUUCCGUAUAAUUACCCCCUGCUAUCUAAUCCAAUUGGCAUUGUCUGAGUCUUGCAUUGACAGUAGGAGUUUUAAAUGCUUGGGUGUGCAUGGCGGUGAACGCGCUUUCUCAGUUUAUGUAGUCGAGUGUAGGUUUUUGUUUGUUUGUUUGUUUGUUUUUUUCUCACAGUUGUACUCGAGCUUACAAGAGAGGACGCGCGCGCUUUUUUGUUUUUCUUUCACGAGUGUUGAGCUGCACGACCAAAUUCUCGAACCGUUUGUACACAGCUUUCCCCGCUUUCUUUCCUUUUAUUCUAUGCACCACUAACGCGGCCGACUCCGUUGUCCACCUGAGCGGCGUAGCGGCGAACGCGGCGGCCCCCCGUCUGCUCCGAUCGGCGUGGCGAGCCGUCAGCCGGGACGUUGUUUGACGCGCGGGUUUUAAAAGGUGCUUCAAAAGCAACGAGAGCGCAGACUGAAAAAACUGUCACUUAACACCUGUCGAAUUCGCAAAAUGUCAACGCGACUUUUAUUCCUUUUAUUCCUAUGUGUACAUGUACACCGAUCAUAUUGCGUAGGUCUUCCUUGGGCCUCCUCUGGUGGUAGACAUCGGUAGACGUAGCCAUUGUGUCCUAGAAGACGGGCUUCUGUGGAAUGAGUUUGGUGCAGGGCGUCCCACUGGUGUACCAUUGCCAGGUCAACCUUUUGGUCUGUGUUUCAUGUUUUUGACCUGUUCCCUAGAAACUCUUCGCAGUGUGGCAGGUCUGUUGCCGAGUGUGUAGAUGAGUAGGACGCGUCUAAGUAACAUCCACAUUAAUGCCAGGCUCCGUAACCGCGGUCGAUUUACUUCUCCCUUCAGUGGUUUUAAUGUUGUGGCAGAUCGGUGUACAUAGCCUUCAUUUCGCACCCAUCUUGUUCUGACCGGAACAAAUUGGAUCUCACGUCUCAGGAGAAUCCUGUUUUGGACUCUGUGCUAGAAAAAUCUAAAUGUCUGUUCACUUAAGUUCAGCCUCUAUUUAUCCGUAACGAGUGUUUGACACGUAUCAGUCGUCACUUUUUCCCGCACCGUCGCAGACAACCAAAACUAACUGGCUUGAACUGUUUCACGUGUUUUAAGAGUUUUAAGAGAUGGGCUCGUACUUGCUGUUACUGCCUCUUUAUGUUUUUUACAUUUUACCAGCACCUUAUAAUACCAGAUCAGAAUGGCUUUGCUUUUCCUGGACAUAAAACUCAAAAAAAACAUUUGACGAUGUUAUUUUUUUUUUUUUGUUGCACUAAACAAGAAUGGACUUCGUAGCUAUUCAUGCAUUAAGAGUAUAUGCGAGGGGGCAGACAGGCGGCCUCUGUCGUUGCUUUCCGUGGCGUCGGUGGCUCUUCAAAAUAAAAGGAGGACAGCCAACAGGCCCGAGAGUCUUGACGUUUGCACUCGCCGUUCAGAGAUAGCCGGGCUGGCCGAGCGGGAGGCUUCCUCUCCGGCCGAACGGCGUUCAGCUCGUCGCUUUUCAGAAAUAUCCAGAUGCCUUUAAAUGUCCAGCGACAGGGGGGGGAGUUUUUAAUAGAGUUGGGCGGAGUUGCUUUUGUACAGUGGCGACGAGGAAAUAAAGGUGCUUUAUGCAAAACAAACUUGACAGGUGUUGGAAGGAGCCGCUGACCUGUGGAUAAUGAAGCCGCCGUGGUCGGCGCUUGUUGGAUGCCAAAGCGCCGCGCGAGGGUAAACGGUGCUGGAGGCUCCGAGACUGCAUUGUGUGUAUUAGAAUCGUACUGAAGGGAAGCCCUCUGUUCGCCAAACACCACCGCAAACUAUACAUAUCAAGACUCAGAGGAGGCUGUUUCCUUUGCACGCGAAUCGUCUUUUUUCGUGAAGAUUUCAACCGAGAAUGUUUAUGAGACAAAUUGCCUGGGCGAACGUGGCACUGAAGGGUGCGCGAGGUGCUUAGUGAGGCGUUCGAGAACACCUUUAGCUGCAACCUAACGACAUUACAGGUUCGUCUUCAUUCAGACGUGUAAACUAAAAACACACGUUCACCUCACUUUGGCCCGUUUUCCGUUAUCCGCGUGGCCAAAACCUGGAGGGAGCAGGUUCUACAAGUGGCUGGUUUGUAAACUAAACGGCAUAUCAUAAGCUAAUGUGAUCCGUUCAUUUUGUGAUCAUGUAAAUGUUGAAAGAGUCUAAGAAAACAACAAGAAUUUUUUUUAGGUUUUGAAUGGUCUUGAAAUAAAAAUAAUAAUAAAAAAGCUUGAUUUUUAAAUGAAGCAACAAACCAGUUCAUGAAUCAUUUCAAACCAUUACCUUCUGUACAGUAACGUAUCUCAUCUCUGUCGCUUAUCUGUCUCUUGUAGAGAAACCUUUGCAGAUUUAAAGAAGAAAAAAAGUACAUCUCUUGUAGAGUAGAACAUAUUUUCCUAUAGCUCCAAAUAAUAAUGAAUGUAAUUAGAGCCUGCGUGGUUUGUAAUAAUUGUAUCCAUCCAUACAUUUAUACUAAUCUUUGCAUCCUGUGUGCAUCCUUUCCGCUUUAUUUUUUUAGUCUUUAUCUUUUAUUUAUAGGCUUUAAUCAUUACAGAAAGUUUUUUCUUCCCCUCCUCCACAGCUAACAUCGCCCGAUCCUUUCACCGAUUAGCGCUAGAUAGAAGGAGUCUACAGUUGCUGUAGUUUUAGGACGUUUCACGCCGGUUGCAAAGAGCGGCCGUCGUCAUCUCGUGUGAAGCGCUGUAACAUAAGAGCUGUGUGGGUUGCUUAGGUGUGCGAUUUUGUUUGCCGUUAGAUAUUUACCCCUUCCCCGUCUCACUCAUCCUAUGAAACGCUCCCUACGUUUGGCUUAUUUAAUCUGUUAGCGCUCUGUCACCUAGGAGCAAAGAAGUUUUUUUUUUUUUUUUAAUUUUCUUCGAAUGUUGGUUGUGUUCCUUACAUUCAUCGGUUGUGUUGCUGCGCAGCUGUUUUCACUGAUUUUACAAAUGGCCGCCUUUUAUGUCCGUAUGACUUGGCUUAACUUUCCUGUUCCUAGAUAAAUUUCACUGAUCUUUAUGAUGCCGGCUGUUUUUUCCGAUAUCUAAUAUAACCCGUAGCCACAUGACACCAGUGCAGCGUUGGCAAGGUCUUUGCAAGUUUGUUUAUAAAUAUAUUAACAAGAGGCAAUUGAGUAAAAAUUCACGUGGGAUACUGACAUACCUGAGGAAAAAAAAACCUUAUAGUCCAAUGGAUUCAGUUGAGUUUGGUUUGUCCUCUAGCUGCCUGUUUUUACAACAACCCCAAUUUUUUUUUUGUGCUUAACAUAAAUGAAAUGGGCCGGAGGUGACUUGACGCAGCUGCUUCCAUUGGAUUGUUUGGGGUCCAGCUGAGGGGAACUGUUACAGAGCGUUACCAGACCAAUGCCAUCCAGCUGACCUACAUGCAAGACUCGUGUGGGUAUUUUUUUAUAUUUUUUUCAAAGCAUUUCUAUCCAUUUUACCAACUUGGAAAAAAAAAAAAAAAACUACCUCAGAGCAGUGUCGGGUGCUACCUAAUAUUAUCCCUAAUUUAUAACAACAAAACCGAGAAUUGUAGUGACCAAACCAAUACAAGCCGAUCACGUGAGCGCACUGUUCUUUCCUCGAACCUUAAUAAAUGGAAAACCAAGUAUUGGUGUAUGAAUGGUGGUCGGUCGCUUUAGUUGGUUACGUUUUAAGGGACCAAAUUUUUUGUAAUUGGGAGUUUCUUUGUUUGGCGCGAGGCCAUCUUUGAAAAAAAAAAAGAAAGAAAAAAGGACGUCGAUACGAAACAACCGAGCACAAUCUAGGACUCUUUUAAACACGACGUGAACGUGACUGGAAGUUUCAAAUGUGCCAUCGUGAUUCGCUGCGGCGGAGGAGUUAAUGUUCCGGCAAAACCUUGGUGGUGGUGGUGGUGAUGAUGAUGAUGAUGAGGAAUGUUCGGAGUGGCGGCGAGGGUUCGUUGGAAGUCGUACGUAACAGCAAUAAUGUCGGAGUGUUUGGCUGUAGGUCAUUGGUACUUUUGGCUUCGGGCGGGUCGGUGCAGCCCUCAGUAAACACGGCAGGACUCGAUAUUCUGAGCGUACUGGAUUGACUGAGCCACGGCAACCCGGAACUGCAAUAAAAACCCGUCUCUUAGUCGGCUCACGCCCGCUUUUCCUUCCCCUAGCCGCACUCUACGCCAUUACUGUCGAGGACGUUAAGAUGUAGUUUUGCAUGUGACAAUUAACAAAGGGAAAUAUACACAUUUGGACAGACUUCACAGCGUUAUCAAACCAUCGCGACAAAAGGUACACGCGGGGCAGUUGACCGCAGGUCGUCGUUCUCUCAGUCGGAGCUGAAAACAUCUACUUUAUGUGUGCCUUUUGUCAGAUCUCUCUCUCUUCUCCAUCUGCCCCAGCUUUGGGUUGUGCGAGUCCUUUCAGCGUAAAGGUCGGGCAAAAAAUUCCGCCAUGCUGCAUUAAAAAAAAAAAAAAACUCAUUUCCAUUUUUUUUAUUGUCAUGCAACCUCGCGUGUAGAUGCUGCAUAGAACGAUCAGUAUUUGUGUUUUGCACUUUCAAAGCAGUCUCAAAAGAAAAAAAAAAAAGGUCGCCCACAUGAGUUUGGGCCGAACGUUAAAAAGACAUAACUGACGAGGUAUUUUAUGCUAUCAAUAGGAAUUAUAAGGAAUAAUAUGACUUUGAAGAGCUUUUCUAAAAGAAAUUGAUAUUAUCUAUAUAUAUUCAUGAAGUACCUCAUGAGCCUGAUAUAUGCUGCAUUGACUUUUUUUUUUUUUUUUUUUUUUUUUUUUUUUUUUAGUGUACUUCAUAUUGUCCAAUAACAUUUUAAUUUCCCCCUCCUGGGAGGUUUGAAUAUCACUACAGGCUGUGCCCAUGCCAGUUAACCUGAUUACUUCUGUUGUAACAUGUUACACCUCGUGGCCAAAUGAUAACGUCAUUUAUGCAAUUUACACACAGAUCUCAUCAGAUUAUUCCUCAGCAUCACCACAUUUCUGUUUUGUUUUUGUUUUUUUUGUUCCUUUUCUUUUUCCAUAUUCCCUGUGUCCGCGUAGCCAAAAAAUUGAUCGGGUUAAAGCCAACAAAGAGUUGAUGUGCGCCAAGCAUCUGUGGUAUCAAUGCGACUGUUGACUCAGGUAUCGCCACGAAAAAAAGGGCUGUAUCUGCUUACUGUGUCCCCCUGCUCCCAGUCUCCCAAUCCACACCUUUGUCUUAAAAUAGCCUUAGAUCUACGCUUGAGGUUCCUAUUUGGCCUUAAAAGUUGAACAAAUUAUGCACUACAAUUUCACAGACUUGACAGAGAGCUCGAUUUCCCGCUCAAACGCAUUUCUUCUUUCGUCUUGUGUCAUUGCCAUGUUUUCUACCUCCUAUGAAUGUAGGGUCUGUCCUGGAGAUGUAGUCGACUGCAAAAACCGUUUGCUUUUUCUUUUCUUUUUUUAUUCACGGAAAACAGACAAUCAUCCGUAGACUCUUACAAGAUUCAAAGUAAAAUUCGCCCGUUUCAUACAUAGAAGUGGUUCCAGGACACUCCAUUAUUUUGACGUUUUUUCCCCUGAUUUUCCUUCCAUACCUUUCGCUUUUUAUUUUUUCGUUUUUUCAUUCUAAGGCAUGACAGAGAAGCAAAAUGACCAAAGUCUCUUGGCAAAAGCAGCCAUACAAAGCCGUGUGAAUUCAAACCUCCCUUCAUUUGUGUCAUUUUGAACUCAGCUUUGAGUUCUAUACAUAUAUAUAUAUAUAUUAUAUUAUAUUUCUUCUCUCUUUCUUUUUUUUCUCCCUUUAUUUAAACCACAACAUGCCAAAACUGAAUUUGCUGUCAUUCCUGUUCUGGUGAGGGUCUUUAUGUUGCUGAAUUAAUUUGUUCACAUCCACUGCUAAGCUCCUUGUUGUUGUAAAGUUGUAAGCUUUGAUUUCUAUUUUACAUUUCUGUAUUUUUGGUAACAAUUAUACUUACAGAACACAAGACAUGCUGUAAACCCUGUUAGGACAUAAUGUGAAUACGUAUCACUUAAUAUAGUUCACUCUUUGGCUUGACUGUAAGUUGCGUUAAUAAAAAAUGUUUAAAAGUUU